GCAGACUCCGGGAUUGCGCUGCCCGCAGACCUGCCCAGUCGGUCUUGGACAUUCAGGGAGUGCUGUCCGGGAGCGCAGGGGAGCUCCCCCGGCUGGGGCGUGCAGGCAGGAUGGUUUGUGCCGGGGCAGCCGUCGGGCCCGGCCUUCUCUGUGCCUGGGGGCUCCUGCUGCUCGCAGCUCCCACUGAGGCGCAACGCGGCCGGAAAAAAGUUGUGCACGUGCUUGAGGGAGAGUCAGGCUCGGUAGUUGUGCAGACAGCACCCGGGCAGGUGGUCAGCCAUCGGGGCGGCACCAUCGUUCUGCCUUGCCGCUAUCACUAUGAGGCUGCUGCUGACGGCCACGACGACAUCCGCCUGAAGUGGACUAAGGUGGUGGACCCGCUAGCCUUCGUUGACGUCUUCGUGGCACUGGGUCCCCAACACCGGGCAUUUGGCAGCUACCGAGGGCGGGCCGAACUGCAGGGCGACGGGCCUGGGGAUGCCUCGCUGGUGCUCCGCAAUGUCACACUGCAAGACUACGGGCGCUAUGAAUGCGAGGUCACCAACGAGCUGGAGGAUGACACAGGCAUGGUCAAGCUGGACCUGGAAGGUGUGGUUUUUCCCUACCAUCCCCGUGGGGGCCGCUACAAACUGACCUUCGCUGAGGCGCACCGUGCAUGCGCCGAGCAGGAUGGUAUUCUGGCUUCGGCGGAGCAGCUGCAUGCGGCGUGGCGCGACGGCCUAGACUGGUGCAACGCAGGCUGGCUCCGCGACGGUUCCGUGCAGUAUCCGGUGAGCCAGCCCCGGGAGCCCUGCGGCGGGGCCACAAACCCCGGAGCCGGCAGAGGCACCCCCGGGGGCGUACGCAACUACGGCUACCGCCAUAACGCAGAGGAGCGCUACGAUGCCUUCUGUUUCACCUCCAACCUCCCGGGGCGAGUGUUCUUCCUGAAGCCCCUACGGCCGGUGCCUUUUGCUGGGGCGGCGCGCGCGUGCGCUGCGCGCGGUGCGUCAGUGGCCAAGGUGGGGCAGCUGUUUGCCGCGUGGAAGCUGCAGCUACUGGACCGUUGCACGGCUGGCUGGCUGGCCGACGGGAGCGCACGCUACCCCAUAGUGAACCCGCGAGCGCGCUGCGGGGGCCGCCGACCUGGUGUGCGCAGCCUGGGCUUCCCUGACACCGCUCGCCGCCUCUUUGGCGUCUACUGUUACCGCGCACCAGGCGCACCAGACCCUGCACCCGGCGGCUGGGGCUGGGGCUGGGCCGGUGGCGGCGGCUGGGCUGGAGGAGCUCGAGACCCUGCUGCCUGGACCCCGCUGCGCGUCUAA